AUGGCGAUGAGGAAUCAUCAAAACAACGAAACCGGCUUGAUCCUCCUCGUACUACAUGUUUUCUUGAUCAUCGUUAUUUGUUGGCAAGUACCUGCGGCGAAUGCGAAGAAGGUGGAGACGGUGUAUAUAUUUGGGGAUUCCACGAUGGAUGUUGGGACAAACAAUCACCUCAAGGGAAGCCUUGCCACUGCUAACAAUCCUUAUUAUGGGAUUGAUUAUCCCAACUCCAAAUCCACUGGGAGGUUCAGCAAUGGCUACAACACUGCUGACUAUAUAGUGAACAUGUUUGGGGACUACAAGGAAAGCCCACCACCAUUUCUGUCACUGAUUAAAGAUAAGUGUAAUUUCACCCAAGAAAUACAGCGCGGAGUGAACUUUGCCUCCGGAGGAUCUGGCAUUUUGGACGAUACCGGCUUCAAACAUUUUAAUGUGGUAAUCCCCUUGGGGAAGCAGAUUAAGCAAUUUGCAACUGUUUGUGAUGAUAUCACAAAGGCAAUAGGUCAAGCCAAAGCUCAACAUCUACUCCAAAAUGCUUUCUACUUAUUGAGUGUGGGCAGCAAUGAUUUGUUCGACUACAAGAAAUAUGGCUCUAAUCUCACCACACCGGACUUCAUUGAUCACCUCGGUGGUUUCCUUGCUAGCCAUUUAGAGAAAUUGUACCACCUCGGGGCACGAAAACUCGGGAUUAUCGGCCUCGCGCCAAUCGGGUGCUGCCCGUCCAUGCGUGAGCUUACUUCAGAUGGAGGUUGUGUUGACGACGUGAAUGAAAUGGCUGAAAAUUUGUACAAGGCGACUGAGAUGGUAUUGCAGAAUAUGAGUUCAUCGUUCAAAGGACUGCACUAUUCGUUGGGGAAUUCUUACAACAUGACAAUGCCUGUUAUUGACCCAAAGUCAAAAGCAUCGAAUCUUGUAUGUGUUCCUAAGAAAAAGAAUGUGUCUAUUUUUGGGGUCUCAGAGAUUAGUCAGUUCAAUUUCUCAAUGGGAGAAGGAAGGGAUAUAACUCAGCAGCAGAGUGUCACCUUGAUGUGGUGGUGUUACCGACCCAUGGUGAAGAGAGCCUGCUGUGGACAUGGAAGAUUCAAUGGAAAAGACAAAUGCACUAAGAAAUCCCAUCUCUGUAAAAAUCGCAAUGCAACAUUGUUCUUUGACUGGGUUCAUCCUACACAGAUGGCAUCAGCCAUGGCAGCUGAGCUACUGUUCAUUAGUGCACCUCCAAUUGUUACACCAAUUAAUUUUGGCCAGUUGGCUGCUAUUCAAGUUUGA